UGUAGCCUAGAAAUCCUCACUCUGCUAAUGUUAGAUCUACUGGUCGUACCCGAACGUUCGCUAGGCAAUGAACAAUGGGAAAUAAUUCUCGGCAUGACUGUCUGCCAAGCAGUAAAGACUCUCAAGUCCCAGAAUCAGACGAUCAGAAGCGUACAAAUUUUAUACAACCAACAGGAGCCAUUGCUGCAAGACAUCGUUAUCGAUCUAAGCGAAAAUGGCAUUCGCUAUAAAUUCGACGCUAUAACUCAGAGACUAAAGAUUAUUGAAAUUUAUGAUUUGACAAAGGUGAAAUUGAGAUAUGGGUAUUGUAGUUUUUGUUGUGACGCUUGUUGUCUUGGUGAGCUGGUUGUGUCAAUCAGAGGGUCACAUUUCAACUUGCCAGAAAACAUACCACCAACAUACAGAAAGAUAGAGGAGUCGUUUGGAGCUACGUUUCUACAUGAGCAUGACCAAACACACCAGAGACUUGUAUUGUCAUUUCGAGGCAUCUCGUUUAUGUUUCCUACUGAUGCCAACUACAAGAGUUUAGAGAGUCGCAAACUUGCUGACUUGGACAUUUCACCAGAGAUUUUGUCACUCAUCGUGUCUCGUAUAUUUAUCUACAGUGGAAGCAAGUUCAACAGUAGCAGCGCUCCUGAUCUUCCAAUCAGUUGCUACGACGGUCAUACGUAUGCAGCGGAAGUGUUGGUUGUGAGAAACAGUGGAAAGGUCAAAGGACUCCGAUUCAAUCUGUCAUUAGAAGUUGCUGUUGCUCGAGGUAGCUCUGAAUUAAGCCAAGAGUUUAGAGAGGAGUUUGUGCCAUUUGGAAGUUCGUGUGAGGAUGUCAUUAGAAUGUUAGGCACUCCAUGUAAAGUCUUCUCUAAAGAUGAAGACAAGAUGGUAAUUCAUGAUCCCUCACCUCACAAGCUACAACAUUCUUACUACUCUGAUUAUUUUUUCAACUACUUCACAUUGGGAGUGGACGUAUUAUUUGAUGCUGAGUCACAUACUGCAAAGAAAUUUGUUCUUCAUACCAAUGUGCCAGGACAUUAUGACUUUGAAAUAUAUCAUAGAUGUAACUUUAUAAUUAAAUUGAAGGCUCCUCUCAAUGACACAGCUGAUCUUCUGGGGGAUGAUGAAAUGGAAGUGACGCCAUCAGUGAAGUGGAAUAUUAUUCAAACGUUUCUAAACAUGCCAGAUGUCCGUCCAGUUGUGCUUAACAGACCUUCAUCAACAAAUACAAUCAAUCCUUUUGGCCCUACGUUUUGUUAUGUUGUUGAAGACAUCAUAUUUGAAGUUAUGGCUAAUGGUUAUAUAGCAUCCAUCACGUUAUUUCAAUCUGACUGAUGACUGAGUGUCACACGUUCGUAUGUACAGCAGAGGCUGCAUCUCUGAUCACGUCUAAGUUAUUGACUAUAUGUACACAUUCAAUGGACUGUUUGAGUAUUUCUUGCUGUAUGUUGCUAAUUCUAUGUACACAUGUUGAUUGAUAUUAAUUGGAUUAUGGCUCCAACUGCUGAAA